GCGGCAUAAGGGAAGAGGCAAAUCCGCGCUUCAACGCACGCUUUCGCACUUCUCCCACGAAGUACACUCGCUAUUCACUGAAGCUGCGUCUCCAAAUACCCCGACUGCAUCUGGUGAAGCAAACAAGGCUGGUAGACAAGCUGGGUCUCGGUGUUCUUCGAGGAUACAUGACGAUAAAUCAGACAAGGAUUUUACGUGUUUUUGCUUUCUUCAUAUAAGCUGUGAAGAAAUGGAAUGGGACUAACCUUCUGUUAUGGCAACACCUCGCAAAGAUCAAUCCACACCCUGUAUCCUGGAUCCAAUGAUUUAAUGAGCCCAGUCCAGCUUUGCCAGCCAUGGAACAGAUGGACUGCAAACCCUACCAGCCUCUCUCUAAGGUCCGACGCGAGAUGGAGCUGGCAUACACUAGCUCCUCGGACGAGAGCGACGAUGGGCAGAACGUGCGAAAGUCGUACACCUCCCGGGAAACGCUGCCUGACUACACUCAGGACGUGAGACUCAGCUAUAACAGCCACAAGAGGCAGAAAACCGUCACAGAGCCUGAUCAAGACCUGGAGUUCUGCGAGACGACGCCCCAGAUGAUGUGCCCACCCAGCUUUCAGGCUGAGCUUCACAGCUACCCGCUGGGGGUGGGGAUGGGGUCCGACGUGGACACGGAGCCGGAGGGCAGCCCGUCGCCCGACCACGCCCUGCGGCUCUGGAUGCGCGAGAUGAAGUCGGAGCACAGCUCCUGCCUGUCCAGCAGGGCCAACUCCGUGCUCUCCCUUACCGACACCGAGCACGAGCGCAAGUCAGACGGAGAGACCGAGCUCCCCAGUCCCCACGCCCAUUUCACCUUCAGGCCCCUGCCGCCGCCCCCGCCCCCUCCUCACGCCUGCACUUGCGCCCGGCCUGCCCCCCACGCCCCCCACGUGCCGGAGGGCCUGCACCGGAACACCCUGCCCGCCCGCAGCCAGAGCAGCCAGGCCGCCGAUCCGGGCGGGGCGCCCACCGACUGCGCGCAGCUCCACAAUAGCUGGGUGCUCAACAGCAACAUCCCCCUGGAAACCAGACACUUCCUGUUCAAGCACGGAUCAGGCUCCUCUGCCCUCUUCAGCGCAGCCAGCCAGAACUACCCCCUCACCUCCAGCACCGUGUACUCCCCGCCCCCGCGACCUCUACCCAGAAGCACGUUCUCCAGACCCGCGUUCACCUUCAGCAAGCCCUACAAGUGCUGCAACUGGAAGUGCACGGCUCUGAGUGCCACUGCCGUUACCGUGACGCUGGCGCUCCUGCUCGCUUAUGUCAUCGCAGUGCAGUUGUUUGGCCUGACCUGGCACCUGAAACCUGCAGAUGGGCAGCUCUACGAGAACGGCGUCAGCAAGUUCAACAAGGACUCUGAAACCAUGGAAACCACCUUUACACCUGCAGAUACUUCUGGGCCUGACAAGACUAGCAGAGGUGAUAAAGGAGAUAAAAGUGUGCAUCAGAAGGGCAGAGCGAUCGACAGAGGGGAGGUGGACCUCGGGACCCAGGUGAUGCAGACCAUUCCUCCAGGCCUGUUCUGGCGUUACCACCUCACCGUUCACCACCCCACCUAUGUCAAAUUCAACAUUUCACUGGCCCGGGACGCUCUGUUGGGAAUCUACGGAAGGAGGAAUAUCCCCCCUACGCACACUCAGUUUGACUUUGUGAAGCUCUUGGAUGGGAAGCAGCUGAUUAAGCCGGAGAUGAAGGGGUCGGAGGAGUCCAGCUCUGCCCCUCGAAACCUGAUCCUCGGCGCCCUGCAGGAGACCGGCUUCAUAGAGUACAUGGAUCCUGGAACCUGGUACCUCGCCAUUUACAAUGACGGCAAGAAAAUGGAGCAAGUACUCAUUCUCAGCUCCAAAAUUGAAACCAUGGACGGUUGCUCCACAAACUGCAAUGGGAACGGCGAGUGUGUGGCAGGCCACUGUCACUGCUUCACUGGAUUCCUUGGCCCUGACUGUGCAAAAGACUCCUGCCCGGUCCUGUGCAGUGGGAACGGGGAGUACGAUAAGGGCCACUGCGUGUGCCACCCGGGCUGGAAGGGCCCGGAGUGCGACCUCCAGGAGGACCAGUGCAUGGACCCCACCUGCUCCAACCACGGGACCUGCAUCCAGGGCAUCUGCAUGUGCAGCCCGGCCUACAAGGGCAACAACUGCGAGCAAGUGGACUGCCUGGACCCUCAGUGCGCAGGCCACGGCGUGUGUGUGAAGGGAGAGUGUCUGUGCUCGCCGGGCUGGGGUGGCGACGGUUGUGACACGGCCCUGCCGGCCUGUCAGGAGCAGUGCUCCGGACACGGCACAUACCUGCCCGACACCGGCACCUGCACCUGUGAGCCCAGCUGGACCGGCUCUGACUGCUACAUCGAGGUGUGUCCGGUGCCUUGCGGCAGCCAUGGCGUGUGCUCAGAAGGGCGGUGCCAAUGUGAGGAUGGCUGGGAGGGGCUGGGGUGCGACCAGCGAGCGUGUCACCCGCGCUGUGAGGAACACGGACAGUGUCGGGAUGGGAGGUGUGAGUGCCACCCGGGGUGGGAAGGAGACCACUGCACUAUAGCACACUACUUGGAUGCUGUUGUCAAAGAUGGCUGCCCAGGCCUUUGUAACGGAAACGGUAGAUGCACGCUGGAGCAGAGCGGGUGGCACUGCGUGUGCCAGGCAGGCUGGAGCGGCGUGGGCUGCAACGUCGUCAUGGAGACGGAGUGCGACGACAACGCCGACAACGACGGAGAUGGGUUGACAGACUGUGUGGACCCAGACUGCUGUCAGCAGCCCAGCUGUUCUAGCGGUCCCCUGUGCCAGGGUUCCCCCGACCCACUGGACCUGGUGCAGAAGAACCAGAUGCCCUUCUUCCAGCUGCUCCCCCGCCUCUUCUUCGACCGUGUCCGCUUCCUGGUGGGGAAGGCCAGCACCCACGUCCUGCCAGGGGACCUACCCUUCGACAGCAGCCGAGCGUGUGUUGUCCGGGGCCAGGUUGCAGCGAUAGAUGGAACUCCACUGGUGGGAGUCAACAUCAGUUUCCUACAACACCCCGAGUAUGGCUUCACAGUCAGUCGGCAGGACGGCAGUUUUGACUUAGUGGCUUCUGGGGGGAUCUCCGUGACCCUGGUGUUCCAGCGUGCCCCCUUCAUCACCGAGAGACGCACCGUCUGGUUGCCAUGGAACCAGUUUGUGGUGCUGAACAAGGUCACCAUGGACCGAGUGGAGACCCCGCCCCCCGUCUGUGACAUCAAGAAUUUCAUCAGCCCGUACCCCGUGGUCCUGCCCGCCCCCCUCACCCGGUUCGCUGGAGCCUGUGCGGAGAGGAGCCCUGUCAUUCCAGAGCUGCAGGCUGUCCAGGAAGAGAUCCCCAUCCCAGGGAGCUUUGUGAAGCUUAGCUAUCUCAGCUCCAGAACGCCGGGGUACAAGUCCCUCCUGAGGGUCAUCCUCACCCCCUCCGUCAUCCCCGUGGGCCUGGCCAAGGUGCACGUGGCGGCCGAGGUCGAGGGCCGCCUCUUCCAGAAGUGGUUCCCCGCCGCCCCGGGCCUGGUCUACGUCUUGGCCUGGAACAAGACCGAUAUCUACGGGCAGAAGGUCACCGGGCUCACGGAAGCCAUAGUGUCCGUGGGCUAUGAGUAUGAGUCAUGCCCUGACUUCAUCGUGUGGGAGAAGAGAACCGCACUGCUGCAGGGGUUCGAGAUGACCGGGUCAAACCUGGGUGGCUGGUCUCUGGACAAGCACCACAGUCUCAACCUGCGAAGCGGGAUUCUGCACAAAGGCAACGGGGAGAACGUGUUCAUAUCCCAGCAGCCCCCUGUCAUCGCCACGGCGAUGGGAAAUGGUUAUUACCGCGCCAUCCCCUGUCCCAGCUGCAACGGCCCGGCCCUGGACAGCAAGCUCUUCGCCCCGGUCGCGCUGGCAUGCGGCUCGGAUGGUAGCGUCUACGUCGGCGACUUCAACUUCGUACGCCGAAUCCUCCCGAACGGUUACACCAUCAGCAUCCUGGAACUCAGAAACCGCGACAUAAGACACAGCACCAGCCCGGCCCAUAAGUACUACCUGGCGAUGGACCCGGUAUCGGAAGCCCUGUACCUCUCGGACACCAGCAGCAGGAAGGUGUACCGGCUGCGGACUCUCACCGAGCCCAAAGACCUGGCCAAGAACAUGGAGGUGGUGGCCGGCACCGGGGAGCAGUGCCUGCCCUUCGACCAGGAUCACUGCGGAGAUGGCGGGAAGGCGUCGGAGGCCCUGCUCAACAACCCUCGAGGAAUUGCCGUCGACAAGAAAGGCUUUGUCUAUUUUGUCGACGGAACCAUGAUCAAGCGAAUCGACAAGAAAGGAGUCAUAACAACGAUGAUUGGCUCCAACGGGCUGACGUCAACACAGCCACUAAGCUGCGACGCCCGUAUGGACAUCACCCAGGUGCGUCUCGAGUGGCCCACCGACCUGGCCGUCAACCCCCUGGACAACUCCCUCUACGUCCUGGACAACAACAUCGUCAUCCAGGUGUCGGAGAGCGAGCAGGUGCGCAUCGUGGCCGGGCGGCCCAUCCACUGCCAGGUGCCGGGGAUCGACCACUACCUGGUGAGCAAGGCGGCCGUGCACUCCACGCUGGAGGCAGCCAAGGCCAUCGCCGUGUCCCACCGGGGGGCGCUGUACAUCGCCGAGACUGACGAGAGGAAGAUCAACCGCAUCCAGCAGGUCACCACCAACGGGGAGAUCUCUGUCAUCGCUGGGGCGCCCUCCGAGUGCGACUGCAAGAUCGACCCCAACUGUGACUGCUUCUCAGGCGACGGCGGCUACGCCAGAGACGCCAAGCUGAAGGCACCCUCUUCCCUGGCCGCGUCCCCCGACGGCGCGCUGUACAUCGCCGACCUGGGCAACGUGCGCAUACGCGCCCUCAGCCCCAACCGGCCGCAUCUUAGCCCCACCCGCAUGUACGAGGUGGCGUCUGCGUCAGACCAGGAGCUCUACCUGUUCAGCGUCAACGGCACUCACCUGCACACCAAGAACCUCAUCACCGGAGACUACAUCUACAACCUGACCUACUCAGCCGACGGGCACGUCAUCGGCGUCACCGGGAGCAACGGCGACUCCGCCCACAUCCACCGCGACGCCAACGGCGUGCCCCUGUGGCUGGCGGCCCCUGGGGGCCAGGUCUACUGGCUGACCGUCAGCAACAACGGCGCUCUGAAGAGGGUUUCCGACCAGGGCCACGACCUUGCGCAGGUCACCUACCACGGAAACACCGGUCUCCUAGCAACCAGCACCAACGAGAACGGCUGGGCCACAGUCUAUGAGUAUAACUCUGAAGGCCAUCUCAUCAAUGUCACUUUUCCAACGGGGGAAGUCAGCAGUUACCACGGUAACAUGGAGAAGUCUGUCAGGGUGGAAGCAGAGACAUCACAUCAAGAGAACUUCAUCACGGCAACCAACUUCUCAGCCGCAAACACGAUCUACACACUGCGUCAAGAGCACUCCCAGAACACGUACCGCGUCAGUGCCGACGGCUCGCUCCGCGUCACGUUCAGCAGCGGCAUGGAGGUGACGCUCAGCACAGAGCCUCACAUCUCCUCCGGCGUGGUCAGCCCCACGGUGGGCCGGUGUAACAUCACCCUGCCCGGGGAGCACGGCCCCAGCCUGAUCGAGUGGAGGCAGAGGCGUGAGCCUGCCAAGGGGAACUACACCACCUACGAGCGUCGGCUGAGGGCUCAUAACAGAAAUCUGCUGUCCAUAGACUUUGACCAAGCCACACGAGUGGGCAAGAUCUAUGAUGACCAUCGCAAAUUUACCCUCAGGAUCCUCUAUGACCAAAUGGGACGCCCCAUUCUCUGGUCUCCUAGUAGCAAAUAUAAUGAGGUGAAUGUGUCUUACUCUGCCACGGGCCUGAUCACCAGCAUUCAGCGAGGAAACUGGUCAGAGAAACUCGAGUAUGACAAUGGAAGAGUGGUCUCCAGAACCUGGGCCAAUGGGAAGAUAUGGAGCUACACCUUCCUGGAGAAGACGGUCAUGCUGCUCCUUCACAGUCAGCGCAGGUACAUAUUCGAGUUCGACCAGACGGACCGCCUCCUGUCCGUCACCGUGCCCAGCAUGGUGAGGCACAGCAUGCAGUCCCUGCUGUCGGUGGGCUACUACCGCAACAUCUACAGCCCGCCGGACAGCAACGGCACCUUCAUCCAGGACUACGCCCGCGACGGCCGCCUGCUCCAGACCCUGUUCCUGGGCACGGGCCGCCGCACCCUCUACAAGUACACCAAGCAGUCCCGUCUGGCCGAGAUCCUGUACGACACCACCCUGGUCACCUUCACUUACGACGAGGCCUCGGGCGUGGUCAAGACCAUCCACCUCAUGCACGAGGGCUUCAUCUGCACCAUCAGAUACAGGCAGACAGGUCCUCUUGUUGGGCGACAGAUCUUCAGGUUUAGUGAAGAAGGGCUAGUGAACGCUCGAUUUGACUACAGCUACAACAACUUCAGAGUGACCAGCAUGCAGGCCAUGAUCAACGAAACACCACUGCCCAUCGACCUCUAUCGCUAUGUGGACGUGUCUGGGCGAGUAGAGCAGUUCGGCAAGUUCAGCGUGAUCAACUACGACCUCAACCAGGUCAUCACUACCCAUGCCAUGAAACACACCAAGAUCUUCAACGCCAACGGACAGGUGAUCGAGGUCCAGUACGAGAUCCUGAAGUCCAUAGCCUACUGGAUGACCGUGCAGUAUGAUAGCAUGGGCCGUACCACCACGUGCGACAUCAGAAUCGGCGUGGAAGGCAACAUCACUCGCUACUCAUAUGAGUACGAUGCUGACAGCCAGCUCCAGAGCGUCUCGGUGAACGACCGCCCGCAGUGGCGCUACAGCUACGAUCUGAACGGCAACAUCAACCUCCUGAGCCACGGGAACAGCGCCCGGCUCACCCCGUUACGCUACGACCUGCGUGACCGCAUCACCAGGCUGGGGGAGAUACAGUACAAAGUGGAUGAGGACGGCUUCCUCCGUCUGCGGGACAACAACGUGUUUGAAUACAACUCCAACACCCUCCUGACCAAAGCUUACAACAAGGUGUCCAAGCAGAGUGUGCAGUACCGCUACGACGGUCUGGGCCGACGGGUAGCCUGCAAGGGGAGUUCCGGCCAGCACCUCCAGUUCUUCUACGCGGAUCUCACCAAGCCAUCCAGAGUCACCCACAUAUACAACCACACCAGCUCCCAAAUCACCUCCCUGUACUACGACCUUCAGGGUCACCUCAUCGCCAUGGAGCUGAGCAGCGGGGAGGAGUACUACGUCGCCUGCGACAACUCGGGCACCCCUUUGGCGAUUUUCAGUAGCCGGGGGCAAAUUGUCAAGGAGAUUUUGUACACCCCUUACGGGGACAUAUACCAGGACUCCAAUCCCUCAUUCCAGCUUAUAAUUGGUUUCCACGGUGGCCUCUAUGACCCGCUGACCAAGCUCGUUCACCUGGGGAGGCGGGACUAUGAUGUGGUCGCGGGCAGGUGGACAACACCAAAUUAUGACUUGUGGUCAGAGCUCAGUGUCAACCCAAGACCCUUCAACCUUUACUCCUUCAAAAACAACUGUCCGGUGGGGGAGCUGCAAGAUGUCACUCGGUUCACAACAGACAUCGGCAGCUGGCUGCAGCUGUUUGGCUUUCAGCUUCACAACGUGGUGCCAGGGUUCCCCAAACCGGACGUGGACAGCACAGAGCAGACAUACGAGCUCAUGAAGACCCAAACCAAAACACAGGACUGGGACUCCAGCAAGGUGGUUUUGGGUAUCCAGUGUGAGCUGCAGAAGCACCUGAGCACAUUCAUUUCUCUGGACCGUCUGCCCAUGACUCGGGCCAGCGGCUCCAUCGGUCGAUACUCGGGCCGAGGGCCGCGCUUCUCCGCCUUCCCCUCGCUGUUCGGGAAGGGCGUCAGGUUCGCCGUGGUGGAAGACCUGGCCACCGCCGACAUCAUCGGGGUGGCCAGCGAGGACAGCCGGCGGGUGGCCACCAUCCUCAACAACGCCGUGUACCUGAGCGGGCUGCACUUCACCGUGGACGGCCGCGACACGCACUACUUCAUCAAGCUGGGCCCUCUGGAGGGAGACCUGAGCGCCAUGGGGGGAACGGGCGGCGGCAGCGUGCUGGAGAGCGGGGUCAACGUGACCGUGUCGCAGAUGACCUCGGUGGUGAACGGGAGGACUAGGCGCUUCGCCGACAUCCAGCUGCAGAGGGGCGCCCUGUGCUUUAACGUCCGCUAUGGGGCCACGGUGGAGGAGGAGAGGGAGCACGUCCUGGAGAUGGCGCGCCAGCGGUCCGUGGAGCAGGCCUGGACUCGCGAGCAGAAGAGGCUACGUGAGGGCGAGGAGGGCGUGCGGGCGUGGACCGAGGGCGAGAGGCAGCAGCUGCUCGCCACGGGGAGGGUGCCCGGCUACGACGGCUACUUUGUCCUGUCCGUCGAGCAGUACCUGGAACUUUCCGAUAGUGCCAACAACAUUCACUUUAUGAGACAGAAUGAAAUAGGAAGGAGGUAACAGUGGAAAGUGUCUACUCCACUCCAUCUCUCCUUCACCAAAGACUGCCUGUUUUUAGACCUUGGAUGAUUUGUUGUACUGUUUUUUCUAGAAUGAUAACUCUGUAAAUAUAUAUUUAAAAAAGAUAAGAAAAACUGGAGAAUUAACUUCCACCUGCCUUUAAUUGUGACAAAUGAUGGUAUUUUAUUAUCGUUCUCUAUGGGGUUUCUUUUUUUCAUAGUAUGGAUGCUGUCAGGCUUGUGCUUCAUUUUCUAUUGCUAAGCGGUUUUGUUUUGGAGUGGCUUAGCUUUUCUACAUUGGGAAUGCCCCUUCCCAUUGGUGUAUAGUAUACAAUAAUUUCGGAAUGGCACAGUAACUGACAUAUAGAAUCUAAAACAAAAUACAGUAUUUGAAUAUCAGUAUUCUAUUUACAUCAAAUGUUUUUAAAGGAGGCCCUUGAGCUGUUGUUUGAGCUUAUACACUGCACAUUCAUAACAAUUAACUAUAUGUGCUGGCUCAUGAAGAAGAGGCCUUGUCAAUUCAACUUGAUGCCAUUCUUUUAUAAUUCUUUAUCUAAUUCUUAUAAUCCCAAAAAAGCCUUCAUUUUUCUUUCACACACAUAUUUGACAAUUAUUAACACAUAAUUUGAGUAAAAAAAUUAUUUGAGUGCGUACAUGGACUUGUACACAUUCAAAAUUGUAAAUUGUAAAUAGAAAGUUCAUAAAAAGCAGCAAAUUGAUAUUAUGUUGUCACCCAUUAAGUGUCAAUAUUGUUAAUCAAUAGAUGCAGUUAUGUUUUUGCAGAGUUAAACAAGUGAUGUAAAAAUAUUCAAGCAGAAAAUCUCUAUAUAGAGUUUACUUUUCUAUGGAUUAUCUAACAUGUUACAGUGCAGAUUAGUAUUAUGUGCAUUAUUCAUAUAUAAUGCAUAAUUUGGGUGAAGCUUGUGCCUUUUUUGUUUAUUUUUUAUGAUUUUUUUAAAGCUUUGAAGUGUGGAUUAGAAGAAAAAAGAACAGUCUUUGUUCCAAACCACCGACAACCUGCUCAAAGCGCUUUGCCAAAAUCUGGAAUUGUUACGGGAAAAUUUUGCAGGUUUUAACAACGUGUUUGUAGAUGAUCAAAAACUGUGAAACAUAUGUUUUGAAUCAUCUCAUAAAGAAAUGAGUAUUCGUAUAUCAUCUUCAGCUACAUGACUCAGCACUAAACUAUCCGGUAGCCGUUUCAGUUAUGCGCCGGGUGUGAAUUGACAGGAGGGGAUAUUCCCUGCCACUGCUCACAUCGUCCACCCUGUUUGAUGAAUUUUCAUCCCAGGCAGAGAUGCUAUCCCUUAUUAUGUUAUAAUAAAUUCUAAAUGACAAAUAUAAAUGAAUACCUAUAUACUUAUAUUUUAUAAUAUAGCGUUACCUUUCAGAUGCUUUUACAGUGCUAUUGUUUUUGCGCCAUUUUGUCUGUGAUCGCUGCAAACAUUACCACCACUCCCUUGGUCUGCGAUCAAUUCUGACUCCCCCCAGUACCUCUUCCCUGUCUUCCUCAUAAUUCGCUGUCUGGUUGUGGGCCCAAUCAUCUGGGAUGUGUGUGUUGACUGAUUUGUUCUGUUGCCUUUAUCAAUGAUGAAAUCAAAGUGUUCGAGAUUUAUGUUUCCUGCAGGUUGCAGCUAGCUAACGUUAGCCAAAAUGACUUCCUUUUAUGAAUCGUAUUAAGGAAUAAUGUGGUUAAUCGCCAUCCAUGAAAGACAGCAAGGUCAGGACAUCAGUCGUGGAAUUUCUGUAGCCUCGAUUUUCGAGGAUGGGCUUGUUCUCCUUGUGUGUUUGGAAUCUUAAUCACUGGGUUUAUAGUACGGUUGUCAAACUCAAUUCUUGGAGGGCAGAGGUCAAUUCUGCUUUUUGUUCCAACCAAUUACCCAAAUUUAAUUUGUCCAAUCGGUUAAGUUGCUCUGUAACAGUUAUGCCAACGUUUCCCAAAAUGCACUGCAGCAAAGUAUUUAAACAUAUCGCACAUAUAGUAUCUUCAGUCAUCAUUGGUUUAAGUAAUUCAUUUUUAAAAUGCUGUAUUUAAAUAGUAAAGAAGUGGAGUUGCUAGAGGAAGUAAAGGCAGAAGGCAGCUAAUCCCAAGGCCCACGGGAGUUGAAUCUGUCAGUCGGGAGAACGAGCACAGCUGGCCCAAGCACCUAGGGAAAACGUCUUCUCAGACUGUUUCCCUCUCACGUCUCUGCCGGGACUUCCCAUACGGUGGAGCACGGACCACAGAGGAGAGUCGGUGGAUAAAUUACUCUUACAAUCACUUAGCAGUGUCAGAGAUAACUAAGUCCAGAUGGAUAACCUGCUCACAUGCCAUUCUUUCCCUGUCCAUAGCACCUAAUGUCAUUUUCACUCAAUUUAAUUGUUCCAUAAAUUCUCUCAAUUGACAUUAAUUCCAUAAGCUGUGUUUUUGUUUUCUACUGAAACAUAUUUUAGUUAUUUAUUGAUUCAUUUAUGUAUGUAUUUAUUUUUAGCUUAUGUGCAGAGAUCCAUCUCUCCUGCAGGAAUAUCAUGCCUGGUUUCUGAUUUGACUUGAGACACGGGCCGAAAACGCUGGUUGAUUGCAGCAGGAUUGCAUACUUGAAAAAGCUGGGCUUAAGACUGUGCUUUACCUGUCGUAGAACAUCAGGUUAGGGUAUGGUUCUAUAGGCUCCUGUACAGCCAUCAUCUCUGCAUUCAUGUGUGUGUCUGCGUGUGUAUGUGUGUGUGUGUGUUUGGGUGUGUGUGAGAGAGAGAGAGAGAGAGAGAGAGAGAGAGAGCCAUCAUUGCUCAACUGUAUAUUUCAGGGGUAGGCAACACUGGUCCUGGGGUGCCACUGAUGUUUAUAGUUUUUCUUGCAUCUGAGUUUGAUCACAAUAGUUUGGUGUGGUCAGCAGGGGCUCUGAAAGCCUAAUAAUUAAUCCAGUUCUUACAUUAUAAUUUUGGAUGAAGAAAAAACCGUGACUGAUCUGGUACUCCAGGAAUAAGACAUUUCCUUACCCUGCUAUCUCAUUCCUGUCUCACAGCUGAAAUGUCCCUUGCUUUAAUGUGCUCAGCCCUGUACUGCUGGUACCUGCAUAUAUGAUAUUUCAUGAUUCUACAUUUCAUGUUAUGUAUUAUUUAUUUUGUAUUGCCAUAUUGGUUUACGUAUUUAAAUGUAUAAACACAAAUUCUAGUCUCAGUUUGAACAUCUCUCUCUCUGCCAUUUGGAUUCAUGCAACACAGAUAACACUGUGACGAAGGCUAGGCCUGUUUGCUGUUUUCUUAACAAGUAAUGUUGGUCAGCUGUUAAUCACCAUGUCAAUUUAUUUAUUUAUUUGUGAAUUUUGUACCAUUGUUCCAGAUUGUAUGUGACAGAGCUAAGCUCAAUGCACAUAUAUCCUUAGAGGUUACUGAGAAGUGUUGCUAACCAUGCGUGUUGUCAUGUAAAUUGUCAUGAGGAGCUUGCUUGCUGGAAGUGUUCUGCAAACGCAGUGUAAUCCUAAAUGAAGCUCAAGUUCUUUCUUUCAGAAUAAUUUCUUUCCCCAUAUGUUAAGAUUGAUUCGGUCUCCUGGUAACAGAGAGAGAAAGCAUAUUGAAGGCACAGUUGCUAGGCAACGAGGUGAUCAUCCGGUCCCUGCCUGUCAGCUGAGUGCAGUCUGCAUUUCCUGCUUGAGGUUUUGGUCCAGAGGGCCAGGUCUGCUCCAAAUCAACCGGCUGUAUAUAGAUAUACAUAAAAACAAAACUAAUAUAUGGCGUGUCAGAUUUCAGUAAGAGAAAGUACUUUGAACUUUAAACUUUUGAGAAAAUAAAUGUGCAAAUUCA